UAUUAUCCACACUACAGAGUCUCAAGCUUAGUCCCCUGGCCUCACUCAACGCGCCGGAAAAAAAUGGCAACUUCCGGCCUGCAAGCCCAAUUCUCGGUCUACUCUAAACGGAAAACCGCCACCCACCCCAUCCAAACCGCCUCCUACCAAGCCAAAGCCACCCCCCACCAAACCAAAGCCACCAUUUUAGACCAUAAAGCCAUCUCAACCCUCAAACCCCACCAAAAGCCACUACUCAAACAUUUUGCCGGCCUCCGCCCCUCGUCGGAAAACCACCCAACAUUGCCAGAGAACCGCCCAUCCCCGCCGGAGAACCGGAAGCCGCUUGUGGUGUUCGCUAAAAAAUCAGGACGGAAGCUUGAAGGCCGGAACCUCCGUGUGGCUGUAAUAGGCGGCGGGCCUGCCGGUGGGUCCGCGGCCGAGACUCUGGCGAGAGGCGGGGUGGAGACAGUUUUGAUCGAACGGAAGCUCGACAACUGCAAGCCGUGCGGUGGUGCGAUUCCGCUUUGCAUGGUUGGAGAAUUCGACCUGCCACUCGAUAUUAUCGACCGGAAAGUGACGAAAAUGAAGAUGAUCUCGCCUUCGAAUGUCUCGGUAAAUAUCGGGCAAACAUUAAAGCCCCAUGAAUAUAUCGGGAUGGUGAGGAGAGAGGUUCUUGACUCGUUCUUAAGAGAGAGAGCCGCUAAGGCUGGAGCCCGAAUCAUUAAUGGGUUGUUCCUGAAAAUGGACUCGCCCGAGUCUGAUGAGGCGCCUUAUGUUCUUCACUAUAUUGAGUAUUCAGGCCAGGGAGGUGUGGGAGAGAAGCGCACAGUCGAGGUCGAUGCAGUGAUUGGCGCUGAUGGUGCCAAUAGCCGAGUUGCAAAAUCCAUAGAUGCCGGUGACUACGAAUUCGCAAUUGCAUUUCAAGAGCGCAUAAAAAUACCCGACGAUAAAAUGGCCUACUACAAGGACUUGGCCGAGAUGUAUGUCGGCGAUGACGUAUCUCCCGAUUUCUAUGGAUGGGUCUUCCCCAAAUGUGAUCAUGUGGCAGUGGGGACGGGCACCGUUAUCUCGAAACCAGACAUAAAGAAGUUUCAGCUUGCCACUCGAAACCGAGCCAAAGAUAAGAUAGAAGGUGGUUCUAUCAUAAGAGUAGAAGCUCACCCGAUACCUGAGCACCCGAGACCUCGUCGAGUGAAGGAUCGAGUUGCUCUGGUAGGCGACGCGGCCGGCUACGUCACCAAGUGUUCCGGGGAAGGCAUCUAUUUUGCAGCAAAAUCAGGGAGAAUGUGUGCCCAAGCUAUAGUUGAGGGAUCAGAAAAUGGGGUUAGAUCGGUGGGAGAAGAAGAUUUGAGGCGUUAUUUGAGUGAGUGGGAUAAGACUUAUUGGCCCACUUAUAAGGUUUUGGACAUUUUGCAAAAGGUGUUUUAUAGGUCUAAUCCUGCUAGAGAGGCUUUUGUUGAGAUGUGUGGUGACAAGUAUGUUCAAAAGAUGACUUUUGAUAGUUAUUUGUACAAGACUGUGGUGCCUGGUAACCCUUUGGAUGAUUUGAAGUUGGCUUUUAACACAAUUGGGAGUUUGGUGAGAGCAAAUGCUCUAAGAAGAGAGAUGAGCAAGAUCAGUGCGUAAGUUGAUAUAACUAGGUUAGAGGACAAGAAAGGUUCGGUUUUUUUUUUUUUUUGGUGGUGAUGGGUUAAGGAAAUCUUUCCUUUGCCCAAUUCCAACUUAUAAUUGCUUCUUAUUUUUGUAAAAUUUGGAUUGUAAUGCAAAUGCCCAUGGAGUUCUUCUAUUUA